UUGCCUGUCUGCCUCGCUCCUCCGCCGCACGCCUGGUCGUUUUGGGGCACAGAAGGUACGACGACUUGACCGCUUGAGCCCUUCGAGCGACGCUCCUCUCGCUUCAUCAUGUUGUUAUCACUUUUUUGAGCUCGCUUGUGUCUUUUGUUUUUUCGUGCUGAAGCCCUUGAGUUGACUGGUGCCAGGAGGAGGACUCGGUGCCUCUGCCAGAGCAAAAAAAAGCCCUUGCAGAAAAAGAGAAGAAUGCAACAUUGGAGUGCUGCGCAAGUGUUUUUUCUGCACUGAUUUCCGCGAUAAGGGCAUUAAAACUAAACCUUUGAGCUUUUGUUCUCCCCCAUGCGCGGCCAAUAGACAAGAACGAAGAAAAACGGAGGAAAGGUCUGCAACGUUACAAGUCGGGGAUCAUCACCAAAGACCCCACAGCGUCCUCGAUUUACAGGGUCUCCCCCUAAAACCAGAGGAACCAUGUCAUCUACGAAAUUCAAGAAGGAUAAGGAGAUCAUAGCGGACUAUGAGACCCAAGUGAAAGAGAUCCGUAACCAGCUGGUGGAGCAGUUCAAAUGCUUGGAGCAGCAGUCUGAGUCUCGUAUCCAGCUGCUGCAGGACCUGCAGGAGUUCUUCCGCCGCAAAGCAGAGAUUGAACUGGAAUACUCUCGCAGCUUAGAGAAACUGGCCGAGAGGUUCUCCUCCAAGAUCCGCAGCUCCAGAGAACAUCAACAAUUCAAGAAAGACCAGCACCUGCUGUCCUCAGUAAACUGCUGGUACCUGGUGCUAAACCAGACGAGGCGUGAGAGCCGCGACCAUGCCACCCUCAGCGACAUCUACACCAACAAUGUUAUUGUCCGUUUGGCCCAGAUCAGCGAGGACGUCAUCCGCCUGUUCAAGAAGAGCAAGGACAUUGGGAUCCAGAUGCACGAGGAGCUGGUGAAAGUGACGAAUGAACUCUACACUGUGAUGAAAACAUACCACAUGUACCACACUGAGAGCAUCAGUGCAGAAAGCAAGCUGAAGGAUGCAGAGAAGCAGGAAGAGAAGCAGUUCAGCAAGUCAGGAGAUCUCAACGUUAACCUCCUGCGCCACGAAGACCGCCAGCCGAGACGCAGCUCUGUCAGGAAAAUUGAGAAGAUGAAAGAGAAGAGACAAGCCAAGUACUCAGAGAAUAAGCUGAAAUGCACAAAAGCCCGGAAUGACUAUUUGUUGAACCUGGCAGCAACAAAUGCAGUUGUGGCAAAAUAUUACAUCCAUGACGUCUCUGAUAUGAUUGAUUGCUGUGACCUCGGCUAUCAUGCUAGCCUCGCACGCACCUUCAGGACUUACUUAUCCGCCGAGUACAACUUGGAGACUUCACGCCACGAGGGACUGGAUAUCAUAGAGAAUGCAGUGGACAACCUGGACUCUCGCAGUGACAAGCACAAGAUCAUGGAUAUGCAUAACCAGGUGUUCUGUCCUCCAAUGCGCUUUGAAUACCUGCCACACAUGGGAGAUGAGGUGUGCCAGGUGAGCGCCCAGCAGCCUGUUCAGACUGAACUCCUGAUGCGCUACCACCAGCUGCAGUCUCGCUUAGCCACGCUAAAGAUUGAGAAUGAGGAGGUGAGAAAGACCUUGGAUGCCACUAUGCAGACGCUGCAGGACAUGCUGACAGUGGAGGACUUUGACGUGUCGGAUGCCUUCCAACAUAGCCGCUCCACUGAAUCCAUUAAGUCUGUGGCCUCCGAGUCCUACAUGAGCAAGCUGAAUGUAGCCAAAAGGAGGGCGAACCAACAGGAGACUGAAAUGUUCUACUUUUCAAAAUUCAAAGAGUACCUGAAUGGCAGUAACCUCAUCAUUAAGCUACAGGCCAAGCAUGACUUACUGAAGCAGACACUGGGUGAAGGGGAAAGAGCUGAGUGUGGGACCACAAGACCCCCCACCCUUCCCCCUAAACCACAGAAAAUGCGGAAGCCUAGGCCACGCUCCGUGUAUAACCAUAAGCUGUUUAACGGCAAUAUGGAGACCUUCAUCAAGGAUUCAGGUCAACCAAUUCCACUUGUUGUCGAAAGCUGUAUCCGAUACAUCAAUUUAUACGGGUUGCAGCAGCAAGGCAUAUUUCGUGUGCCGGGAUCACAGGUGGAGGUCAAUGAUAUUAAAAACUCAUUUGAGAGAGGUGAAGAUCCCUUGAUUGAUGACCAGAACGAGCAUGAUAUUAACUCAGUGGCAGGGGUGCUGAAGCUGUAUUUCAGAGGACUGGAGAACCCUCUCUUCCCAAAGGAGCGGUUCCUGGACUUCAUCUCCACCAUCAAACUGGAGUCUGGAGCUGAGAGAGCACAUCACAUCCAGCAAAUUAUUGUGACUCUUCCUCGGACCAUCAUAAUCGUCAUGAGAUACCUAUUUGCUUUUCUCAAUCAUCUCUCCCAGUACAGUGAUGAGAACAUGAUGGAUCCAUACAACUUAGCUAUCUGCUUUGGUCCAACCCUGAUGCCCAUCCCAGACGGCCAGGAUCCUGUAGCGUGCCAGGCACAUGUUAACGAGGUCAUCAAGACCAUCAUCAUCCACAAUGAAGUCAUCUUUCCCAGUCAACGUGAGCUUGAUGGCCCAGUGUAUGAGAAGUGCAUGACUGGGGGGGAGGAGUACUGUGACAGCCCUCACAGUGAACCAGGAACUAUUGACGAGGCUGACAAUGGAACUGAACCACACACCAGCGAUGAAGAGGUUGAACAGAUUGAAGCCAUUGCCAAGUUUGACUAUGUGGGACGUAGUCCCAGGGAGCUGUCCUUCAAGAAGGGAGCCUCUCUUCUUCUGUAUCACAGAGCUUCUGAAGACUGGUGGGAGGGCCGUCAUAAUGGUGUUGAUGGUCUCAUCCCACAUCAGUACAUUGUAGUACAAGACCUUGAUGAUGCUUUCUCAGAUAACCUCAGCCAGAAAGCAGAUAGUGAAGCGAGCAGUGGACCGUUGCUGGAUGAUAAGGGUUCAUCUAAAAAUGAUGCCCCAUCACCAUGCGAACAAUCACCUGAUUACAACUUUGGAGGAGUCAUGGGGAGGGUAAGGUUAAGGUCAGAUGGAGCUGCAAUCCCACGUCACCGGAGCACUACAGACACCCACAGUCCAACUAGAGUUACUGACACUCCGCCACGAGCUGCAGCCUGUCCCAGCAGCCCCCACAAGGUGUCUAUAAGCAAGGGCCGUAUUGAGAGCCCAGAAAAGAGGCGCCUCGGUACCUUUGGCAGUGCAGGAAGCAUCAACUACUCGGACAGGAAGGCCUAUCCUGAGGGCCACCCACUGAGACCAGUGCCAGGGGCCACUCGUCACAGCAGCCUCGGGGACCACAAAUCACUGGAGACUGAGGCUCUGGCUGAGGACAUUGAGAAGACCAUGACUACAGCGCUCCACGAGCUACGUGAGCUGGAGCGACAGAAUACUGUUAAGCAGGCUCCUGAUGUGGUCUUGGACACCCUGGAGCCCAUGAAAAACCCGGUUAGCUCUGAGCCCGGCAGUCCACUGCAUACUAUCAUGAUCCGUGAUCCAGAUGCAGCCAUGCGCCGCAGCAGCAGCUCCACCUCUGAGAUGAUGACCACGUUCAAACCUGCUCUCUCCGCCCGGCUGGCUGGGGCUCAGCUACGCCCCCCACCCAUGAGACCAGUGCGCCCUCCUCCAACGCAGCACCGCUCGAGCAGCUCCAGCUCUUCAGGAGUCGGAAGCCCUGCUGUAACUCCCACUGAGAAGAUGUUUCCAAGUAACAAUACAGCUACCGGUUCUAAUAUGAAUAUGUCCAGUGAUGCUGGGGAUAAGUCUGGUACCAUGUAGCAAAGGUGGAAUCUUCUAGAUGGGAAGGUUGUAAAGCUUUCCAAGUGAGGGGAAAGCUUGUGGAAAUGGGUGCAGAUGUGUGAAAAGCAGAUACAGACAUUUUACUCUGUUUUCUGCCUGACUUAAUUCAUAUAUAUAUUCAGGAAGCUCCUGAAGCGAGCUGACAGUAUGUUACCAUGGUGAUAAAGCAGUGGAAGAAGCUGUAGAGGUGUGAUAACAUAAAGCUCAACUCUCUUUGAAACCUGAUUUAAUGUGUAUAAGAAUACAUGUAUUUCAGUUUUACCUCAAUUUCAACAAAAGUCUGUGGCCAUGUUCUCGUUUCAGAGAUACAUUGAAUGCAAGUGAAGCAAUACUUGUGUGAAAUUUGGUAUUAGUUUCUACCCCGCACACGCUGUCCAGCUGAUGUUUCAGUCACUUCCUUCUGAUGUGUAGGAAACACCUCAUCUGGACCAGUGUAGACAUUCAGGCUAAAAUACCAUGUCUAUUUAUCACUGAGGUCAUAGGCCUUAUGGCUGUACAUACAAACUUACUUGAAGUUGCCAUGCUCUCUGUUUCUACUAUAAUUCAGUGGAUGUUCAGCAAAUUAACAACAUAGUGACAUUAUAUACUUCUGCAUGCAGGGUUUGGAGAAAAUAAGGGAAGCAUUAAAGACUUCCAUCAUUGAGAGAACAUUCAUAAUGAUACAGAGUUUUCUCGUGUUCAUUGUAAGAAUAAAAUAUUAGUUUGAAACCUAAUUUUCAAUGAUGAAAAAAUAACAAGAUUCAGAUGUUCAUAUACACGUAACAGUAAUACAUUUGGACCUUAAAGUGUUAUAUUUUAGAUUAUGCCAUGUGUGUGGCUAUCGGUACUCUAGAUGUUGUACCUCAAGUCAUCCUGUCCACUGCUAAAGGUAAAAGCAUCCUGGCAUCCUCUACCAUAACGGGCAGUAGGCAGACCCAACGUGGCUGUUUCCAUGUUUUUUUUCUACGUCCUGUAUAGGAAAUGCAGAUAACUAAUGCAUCAAACUAAUGUAGGAAUCCUGUGGUAAACUUGUACAUAAUAUAUAGUUAGUAAUUUUUUAAGUGUUAAUCUUGUACAGGCUAAUACAAAAAAGGCAAAGGGUUGAUGUGAAUGGCACUUGUAAAUUAACAUAAAAUACCUUUUUAUCAUCUUCCGUAAACUACAAGCAUAUUCUUUGGCUGUGUAAGAUGUAGUUCAAAUCAUUUACCUUGUACUGUGUGUUUAGAAUGCAUUUGGUAAUUGUACUGUAGAAAACUGAUUGCUGUUGAACAGACCUCAAAGGCUGAAUAAAUGUUUUCUCCAUUAUGUUUUUGACACAUUUGCCCAUUUUCACAUAGUGCAUAAAACUUAAAACUGUUUCCUGUUGAAGACUGAUUUGGGUGGUUUUAUUAUUGAAUAAGAAUCACUGAAAACUACCCUUUGACAGUUCCUCUUUCAUAUUUAAGAUGCAAUGCUCCCCCAUAGGGACCUGAGCAUGCAUGUUGUGAUAUACUGUUAUCAAAGCCGUUUCCUUUCUUCCUUCCUUUUCCUCAUCUGUGCUGAUAGAUACAGUUAUGCUCAGACUGUAGUCUAUUUCUUGUUUUGUUAGAGGAAAACUAAAUAAUAAAAUUUCAGUGCUGUACCUCUUGUCAUUCUGACAGCUGACACCUUGUUAUCCACAUCCCAAACAGCUGGCUCUGUUCUGCAUGUUUUGCGCUGUAAUGUCUGACUCAUAUUAUGCAGCAGUUAAGCAAUGGCUUUAUGUGGUGCCUUGCCUUGGUAAAAUGCACAAAUAAUUUCAGUAUUGGACUUUUUUUUUUAAUGAAAUGGGCCUUAACAUUAAUGGGGAUUGGGAAUGAUGAAUUAAGCAGUUGCUAAAAUAGAAGUGAAAGAGAGAACUAACGAUGCUUGACUGAGCAAAAGGAAACUUAAAUAUAUUAGCAUGUAAACCAGGCACUGAUCCCUAUCUCAACUCUGAAGUCAAUCUGUGCAUUCUGCAGUGUUACUGAGACACAUGCUGUAAAUUGAAAAUAUUUGCUUGUGGUCAUUGUAUUGUUUGCGUUUUAUUUGUCACGGACAGAUAUAUAAAUAUCCACAGUGUGAGGAUUCUUAAGAAUGGAGAGCCCUUACAGCCAGAAAAAGGCCAUACAGCAUUUGAAGUCAUACGGCGCUGUCACAUCCUCUGCUGGUUCCUGCUGGUAUUGCUUCUUGCGAUGAGCCAGUGGACAACGUCACCUCAUGUGGGCAUUAUGACUAUGAUGUGGAGCUGAUAUUACAAUCACCUGGUUCAUCCAUUUAGUUCGUCUUGUCCGUCCUGGUUACAGUUUGCACCUGUUGAAAGCUAUGAAGAUAAAAGCAUAUGUUUAUUAAAAUAUGAAGAAAGCACACAAUUUCAAAAGUUGAAAUUAUCAUCAUUAUAUUUAACUAGACUGUUUUUUUUUUUUAAUUUAUAAAAUGUAAGUGAAGCAGAACAUUUGAGUGCCUUUUGUGCACAACAUCAGUUUUUAUUGGACUUUUGUAUUUACUUUUUUAACUGUAAUAUGUCGUCUAUUAGUUGUCAUGUUUAUUAUAAACUGAUGUUGCUUUUUUAUCUUUACUUUCUAUUGCUACUCACCUGUCAAACCACCAUAAGGAGUACAUUGUUAAAGAUAUUCUUCUCUUGAAUUACACAGCAAUUACCAUGAACUGCUCAUCUGUGUUUGGAUGAUCCUUGAGGAAUAGGAGUUAUGAAAACUACUGUACACACAAUCUACUGUUAAAGUUCAGUAGAAUCAUCUCAGAAUAUUUCUUUCAUCUUAUUGUUUUCCCUGUGAACUGCCUGUGCUGUGGUUGAGCCGUAACUCUUGUCAUUUAGCUCCUUCCCUUUCAAAGAAAAAUCAGUUCAGUAUUGUUGGCAACAGCAGGACUGAUAUGGAACCUCUACAUGUGGAGGUUAUAAGGCACUUGGUGCACUCUUGUUUUCCCUACAUGUGAUGUUACACGGACAUUUUCUUUCCUGGAAUGUAUGCUGAAAUGGGUAACACUGUUUGUCUGCUGACAUGAGAGGAGAUUAGGUUGAUAGUCAAAAAGAACAUUGCAGUGAGAGAGCAGAAUAAGCACCUGUUAUCUUGUCGGGACUGGAGUGUGAGUUUCUGUCACACUGUUUACCUUCUCUUUAAUUGUUUGUCUAGUGAUGCUGUUUGUUGAUGAGUGUCUGGUUGGUUGAAACCCUGUGAUGUAAUGUACACCAUACCACUGACUGGAUGUUGAAAACCCCUGCGUCCAAAU